AUGGACGACAAACCCAUCCAGCCAGCAGAGGACGACGACCUGGUCCCGCACGAGAACCAGACAUAUCCGAAUUCCGACCCCGAGUCCGAGUCCGAUACUGAAUCCUUAAACGAAGCAUCCAUAAAAUCCACUCGCUCCUACUCCUCCCUCGCCCUCCAACACAUCCACGAAAAUGGCCGCCGCUACGCCGACGAAACCUACUUCAUGCCCAACGACGAACCAGAACUCACCCGCCUCAACAUCCUCCACCAAAUCUACCUAAUCCUCCUCGAGGGCACUCUGACAACAGCUCCACUCCCCCAAACACCACGCAUCCUCGACAUAGGCACCGGCCCUGGCGACUGGGCCAUCGAAAUGAGCGCCGCCCACCCAACAGCCACGAUAAUCGCCUCCGACCUAACAGUCUUCGACUCGGGAGUCGGCCACCUCGACCUCCCAAACGUAGAUUUCCAACUCGCCGACGCACGCACAGAAUGGACCUACCACGAACCAUUCGAUCUUAUCCAUCUCCGGGGUCUAUCAGGCGCAUUCCAAGACUGGGCCGCGAUAUACACACAAGCCUUCGAACACUGCAAACCAGGCGGAUACAUCGAAGUCGCAGACUCCGAUCCAGCCGCAGACACAAUAACCUUCUCCCCGCUGAAACGACCGGAAAGUGAAGCCGAAAUACCCGCGCUACGCACAUACACCGCAGCACUACGAUCCGCGGCCAACGCCGCCGGCUACCCACGCGACCUCGCCCAUCUGAACACCGACGCGCUGGUCGCGGCCGGAUUCGUGGAUGUCCGCGUCCUAGAACGGACGAUCCCGAUUGGCCUGUGGCCAGAAGACGUUGCGGAAAAGACGCUGGGCAAGAUGGCGCUUAUUGCGUUGGUAGAGGGGUUGGAGGGGUAUGCGUUGCGGCCGUUGACGGCGUUUGGGGGGUAUACUGUUGAUGGGGUGAGGGAGCUGUGUGAGGCUGUGAGGGGGGAGCUUUUGGGGGUCAGUGGGUUGACGGUGAAGGCGAGGAUUGUUACGGGGAGGAGGCCUGUUUCUUUUGCGCAGAAGAAGAUGGAUUUGUUGGCGAGGGUUAUGGCUAGGGCGAAGAUUGUGCAGGAGGGGGCUGAGGCUGAGGGGGAGGAGUAG